UCGAGCCGCGUCACAGAGCCUGCAAGGCGGAAGUGCAGAAGCCGAUUCCACGUCAUUUGAGGUGCACUGCCACCAAACCGUGGGCAUCUGAUGUGGGAAUAUGGCAUGUGUGUGAAAAGAACCAGUCUGUGCCGUACGUACUUGGCCCAGUCAGCGUAACAAAAGGAGACGGGAUAGAGACGGGUCUGGGAGGUUGGAUUCUGCAGUUUGAGAGUUCUGGUCCAUAUCCCGAUGGGGGAAUCAGGGCAGCGACGCUCCACCCUAGUCUCCAGGUUGCCCAUCUUCAGGCGGAGCGGGAGGAAGAGGCAGGACUCGCUGCCAUCCUCUCCCUCUUCUGGAGGCAUUGGCAAUGGUGUCCAUACCUCCUCACCGUCUAGCACCAACUCGAGCUCCAGCAGCACGGGCAAGCGACGAAGCCUCUUCAGAACCCCCUCUAUCAGCUUCCACAGCAGGAGAAGCGGCGAUUCAUGCGCCGAUUCCAGUCAACUCAGCUCAGACAACCGGAGCCAAGUGUCCGAACCUGGCUUCAACAAUAAAAGCAAUAACUCUAAGACUCGACAUUCGUUUGGUUUCGGCGGACACAAGAAGAAGAUCAGUCGUUCCCAGACUGAGGACUUUGAAAAAGCCUCUAAUAACCGCAAUGUUUUCAUCAACUGCAUCAGCUCAGGGACGAAUGAGGGAGAUGAUUCAGGUUUCCUGGAUGACCCAAGCAGCAGAAGAUCCUCCAAAUCCAAGAAACAUCUACUGCCCAAAUCAUUUUCAGCUCACCAUCGGUUUUCUAAGAACUCCUCUAGUUUGGCUGAACCUUGUAAAGCCCAGGAUGAUGCGCCCAAAACAGGAACUCCUGGUUCUUGGCCAGGAGAGUUGGCAGAAAGCUCACUACAAUCCCCUAUCAUUUCUGAGGACCGCACAACAGCCUUAACACCCUCAGAUUUUGUACCCGUCACUGAGGACACCGUCUCGGAAGUGGAUGCUCUACCUGUUCCAAGUCCAGCUGAGGUUCCACCUGAGAACAUCAGUCACGCUGCUCCUGUCCCACAGCCCUGUAUCAGUCCAGAUCUGCCUGCUGAGGAGAAACCUAUACUGCCAGAUGUAAACCAAACAGCCAACGUACAAUGCGAUAGCACAACAGUUCAAACCGAACCAGAAACGCUGAUGACGGUGGAGGAGCUCCACCAGGAGCACAGUGAAACCAGUGAGUGUGAACCUAACCCAGAGCUGAGUGAGGGGAGCGGGGUCAACACGGGGCGCAGAGACAGAAUGCACCGGAAUACAGUGUUCAUCCAGCAGUCGGGAAAACCUGUCAUCCUGGGCAAACUGGAGAACAGGCCAAGCCAUCUAAGAAAACCUCACACAGUGUCCAUGUGCAGUAGUAUCAGCCCGUACCGUGAGGUGAUGCGCAUGGAGCGGAGGCUGCGCUCGGCCUCGGAGGGAGCCGGAGGACCGAGACUUCACCUCAACCUUAGAGAUCCUAACUGCACUGAGGAUAGCAUGCUGGCUAAACACAGAACCAACUCAUCAUCCUCCAAACUGGGAAGCCUGGACGCUUUAAACAAUUUUGGCUCUUCAGAGCUGGAUGAGGAUGAUCUGAUGCUGGACAUGGAGCUCUCAGAUGACCAGAGACACCGACAUGCUUCUCAGGAAGACUCCAGCCAAUCUCUUGCCUCCUGCCUGAACCUGCUUCCUUCCCCCCUAGAGCCGCCUACAGACCAGCACACUGCCAAACAGUGUCGAGAGAACAACAGGGAACCACGGCCAGUGUCUCUGUGCUUAUCCCGUGAUGAUGAGCCGUUCUCCGGGCUGGAACCAUUACCCUUAAGACUUAUGCAACAGGACUGCACGGCCAUGAAAACGCUCCUGCUGCGUCUCCGCAGACAUUUACAGGAGAGCACCGAGAUCAGUCCUGCCAGCAGCCUUCAUUCUUUACCCAUUAGCCCUUGCAGUGAGAGGUCACUUCCUUUUAAGGAUCCAGGGCGAGAUGAGUGCCAGUCUCUGCAGCAGCAACUGAAAGAAAGAGAUGAGCUGAUCCUGCAACUGCAGACUGAGCUGGAAUCUGCACGAAUCGCCCAGAAACCCCUUCGCCAAAAAAGUGACAAAACAACCCAGACGGAUCCCGCGGUCCUAGAGCCCACUCAUCCAAGUCGAGCCUUGGGCAACAGCAGCAGCAGCAGCCUUCCGAGGGAGCGCAGACCAUCCCGGCUGUCCAGCGUGGAGCAGUCCAACCGAAACCUAUCAAAGGAAGAAGAAUGCCACGGAGGAGGAACAGCUAUGAAAGAUUUACCCCAGCGGAGAGCUGAAGCUAUGCACUCGUCAUCUUCUGAGGCGACCGCGGCGCGAAAGCCAGAGCAUCCGGGCCCCUCCCAAAUCCCCCGUGCCGUGAUGGGCAGCAGCUCCAGCAGCCUUUCUUCAGAGAGCGAGAGAUUCUCCACGUCACGCUCGCACUCGUCCUUCAGCGGCCGACUGGGCCAGCCGCCGCGCGGGCCGCUCUCCCUGCACAUGUACAGCCGCAAGAACGUCUUCCUCCAGCACUCGCUCUACACGCCCGAGCUGCAGCCACUCGGCCAGCAGGACGCCUGA